GGCGCGCCCGCCCUCGGCAUCGGCGCGCAGGCGGCGGCGGCGGCGGCCGGCGCUGGCGCUGGAGCAGCCGCGGCAGCGGGAAGAUGGAUGCGGCUCGCCCGUCCCUCGCCCCCGACACCUUCCCCUGGCCGCGGCACGGGCUUCCAAAGCAGCUGAGGACAGGACCGUAAGGAAUGUCACGCAGUAGGUGCUGAACUAGCUGGCACUGAAAGGAACAGAAAAAGAUGGCAGUCCUUAUUUGAAGGAAUUAAACGCAUGGACUCUCACUGAUAAGAAACCAUGUCAAAAAAAGGACGUAGCAAGGGCGAAAAGCCUGAGGCGCUGAUUGUUGCCCUACAAGCUGCCAAUGAGGAACUCAGGACCAAGCUAACAGACAUUCAAAUUGAGCUGCAUCAGGAGAAAUCUAAGGUUGCUAAACUGGAAAGAGAGAAGACUCAAGAAACUAAGCGGAUCCGAGAAGUGGAGCAGCGCAAGCAGACUGUGCAGAUCACAGAGCUCAAAGCCAAACUCCACGAGGAGAAAAUGAAGGAGCUGCAGGCCGUGCGGGAGAACCUCAUCAAACAGCACGAGCAGGAGAUGACGCGGAUGGUCAAAGUCCGAGACAGCGAAAUCCAGCGCCUCAAGUCAGCACUGUGCGCACUGCGGGAUGGGAGCAGUGAUAAAGUAAGGACAGCGCUGACAAUUGAGGCUCGCGAGGAGGCCAGAAAGCAGUUUGACUCCGAGCGCCUUAAGCUUUUGCAGGAAAUCACUGAACUGAAGUCUGCCAAAAAGCAGGUAGAUGAGGCCCUUAACAACAUGAUCCAAGCUGAUAAGAUCAAGGCGGGCGAUCUUCGGAGUGAGCAUCAGUCCCACCAGGAAGCCAUCUCUAAGAUCAAAUGGGAGAGUGAAAGGGAUAUUCGUCGCCUGAUGGACGAGAUCAAGGCUAAAGACAGGAUUAUAUUUUCCCUGGAGAAAGAACUGGAGACGCAGACAGGCUAUGUGCAGAAGCUGCAGCUGCAGAAGGAAGCUCUGGAUGAGCAGCUCUUCUUGGUGAAGGAGGCAGAGUGUAACAUGAGCAGUCCCAAGAGGGAGAUCCCAGGAAGGGCCGGAGACGGCUCAGAGCACUGCAGCAGCCCCGACUUGCGCAGAAACCAGAAGAGGAUAGCAGAACUGAAUGCCACCAUCCGGAAGCUGGAAGACAGGAACACGCUGCUUGUUGAUGAACGAAAUGAGCUGUUGAAGCGUGUCCGAGAAGCUGAAAAACAAUGUAAACCUCUCCUGGAAAAGAACAAGUGCCUCACAAAGAGAAACGAUGAGCUGAUGCAGUCUUUGCAGCGCAUGGAAGAUAAACUCAAAGCAGUCACUAAAGAAAAUAUAGAAAUGAGAGAAAAAAUGACGUCACAUCCUCCUCUAAAGAAAUUAAAAUCUCUCAAUGACCUGGAUCAGGCUAAUGAGGAACAAGAAACGGAGUUUUUAAAGCUUCAGGUUAUAGAACAACAGAACAUAAUUGACGAGUUAACAAGGGAUAGGGAAAAACUCAUUCGUCGCAGGAAGCAUAAAAGGAGUUCAAAGCCAAUUAAGAGACAUGUGGUAGAUACAGUUUUUGGGUACGAUGAUGAUUCCAUGGACUCUGAAACAUCCUCCAUGGCCUCAUAUAGAACAGACAGAACACCAGCAACCCCAGACGAUGAUUUGGAUGAGAGCUUAGCAGCGGAAGAAUCGGAGCUGCGGUUUCGACAGCUGACAAAGGAGUACCAGGCCCUGCAGAGAGCUUACGCACUACUGCAGGAGCAGACAGGAGGCAUUAUAGACGCUGAAAGAGAAGCCAAGGCUCAGGAGCAGCUCCAAGCUGAAGUCCAGAGAUAUAAAGCCAAAAUAGAAGAUCUGGAGAAAACUUUGGCUCAGAAGGGGCAGGACUCACACUGGGUGGAAGACAAACAGCUUUUCAUUAAGAGGAAUCAAGAGCUUUUGGACAAGAUAGAGAAACUGGAAGCAGAAAACCACCGUUUGCAACAGGAGCUGCAGGAUGCCCGAGACCAGAAUGAGCUGCUGGAGUUCCGCAACCUUGAGCUGGAGGAAAGAGAGAGACGAUCCCCACCAUUUAAUCUCCAGAUUCACCCAUUCUCAGAUGGUGUGAGUGCUCUACAGAUCUACUGCAUGAAGGAGGGAGUUAAGGAUGUCAGCAUCCCAGACCUCAUAAAGCAGUUAGACAUCCUAGGUGAUAACGGGAAUUUAAGAAAUGAAGAGCAAGUGGCCAUAAUUCAGGCUUCCACUGUAUUGUCCUUGGCAGAAAAGUGGAUCCAGCAGAUUGAGGGAGCUGAAGCUGCUCUGCACCAGAAGAUGAUGGAACUGGAAAGUGAUAUGGAGCAAUUUUGCAAAAUAAAAGGUUAUUUGGAGGAAGAAUUAGACUACAGGAAGCAAGCUCUUGACCAAGCAUACAUGAGAAUCCAAGAGCUUGAAGCCACCUUGUACAAUGCUUUGCAGCAGGAAACGGUGAUAAAGUUUGGGGAACUGCUCACUGAAAAACAGCAGGAAGAGCUGAGGACAGCAGUAGAAAAACUAAGACGUCAGAUGCUGAGGAAAAGCAGAGAAUAUGAUUGCCAGAUUCUUCAGGAGAGGAUGGAGCUGCUCCAGCAGGCGCAUCAGAGGAUCCGAGAUUUAGAAGAUAAAACUGACAUCCAAAAGAGACAAAUCAAGGAUCUGGAGGAAAAGUUUCUAUUUCUAUUCUUGUUCUUCUCUCUUGCCUUUAUUCUUUGGCCUUGAUGUCAAUGUGCCUCUUGGAAAGAGUGCCAGACCACACAGAUAAGUCCUUAGAAAGGCAAAUGCUUCCAGCUCCCCCCGCCCCGAUGAAGAGAACGUUGUUUACACCUAUUUAAAAAAACCCCACAAAUCAACAACCCAUAGCCAAGACUGCAACCACCUUAUGUUUUAAAGCCAUCACUCAAGAUUUGUUAAUUGACAGUUCCUGUCUAAAGCUAUGAUAUAUGCUGCAUUUAAUGAAAUUCUAUAUGUCAAAAUUAAAAAAUGGGGAAGAAAAAUAAACAGUGAACUACAUCACUUAGGAAAAACGUAAAGGGAAUCAGCGAGGAACCACUUUCAGCUGAUCGAGUCAAAGUGUGUCUUGGGCAUGGAACCAAAGUUACAACCGAAAAAUCUAUCCCUGCUGUGCAGGGCGAUCAUUUAAGCGUAACGCCGUCCUCCCACGAAUGGAUCAAGAAUAACAGGACAGAGCAGGAGAAACGCUUUACGGACUGUGAGGAGGUGCUGACGAUAAAACGCUCCAGUUUCGGUAGUCUGGCUUUGCUGCUGCAGGGACUCUUUCUCUCUUUUGGCUUUACACUCAGGAACAAUGACAGCUGCAAAGCGGGGGGGAAAAAGACAAAAAAAUGCAUUCUGGUUCACGGCGUGACGGGCAGCACCGGGCACCGUGUUUUGUGUUUGAGACCGCGCCGGAGCACCGCUCCCCGUGGCAAAGCGGGGGAAACCAGGCGUCCGGCUAAGGAGGACUUAGGCAGAGCUGUAGCCUUAUCUCUCUUCACACGCCCUCCAUGAAGACCAGCCUGUCCAUUGUCAGACGCUUUCCGUAAGCUUUAAAGACUGCUGUAGAGGUAAUAACGACCACGCUUGGUUUCGCUAUUUGAAUGACCUACCGAGGAUCCCUGGACCGGGCCUGCAGAACGGCCUCCGAGGAAGAAAAGUGUGUUGGAGGGCAAGAGAAAAAAAACAGGCAAACUAACCCCAGUGCCCAUAUGAUCUGAUCCACCCAGCGUCAGCUUCCAGAUGUUUCGUCUCGGCUUGGAUGCUGCUGAACGUAGCAGCCCUUCUAAACGUUUUGGUUUGGCUCGUCAAGCUGAUUUUGUUAGCUGGCUUACUAACCAAUGACACAUAAACCAAAAAUGGGGGAAAACUGUGUGAAAUUCAUCCUCAUUAGAAGCAUGAACAUGUAUUACUGCUCUGUUUAGACUUUCCACCAUUAAGAGUAACUAGCAGUUUGCGUUUCAAAGCAUCGCUCACCUCUUUAGCCCGGGACUCCUGCACGCUCGCUGCAGCCUCAUCGCAGCCAGCAGGAAACAAGCCCUGAGCAGUGUCAACACCUGCAACAAACACGAGGAAAGACGUUCCUGCAUCCGCUGGGAGCAAACCAGCUGCAUUCGGCUUCCCUUUUCGUAUCAGCGUGCUGUACGAGCUAGGCACGGUACUGCACUCACCUGCGUCUCUGCUUUCAUUUCCCUGGAAGUGGAGCCUGCUCUGUUUAACCUUCAGGUUCCUGUUGUUUGAGCUGCGUCUUGCACAGUGGGGCCUUAAUUUUAUCUGGGAUUGAAAUGGACUUUAUUAGAAAAUAGAAAAUGAAGGGCCAGAAUACAGCCUGUGCAUUACUUAAACCUUAAACUUAUUACUUAAGCAGCUUAUGCACACAGAGCUUGCCUAGCAGAAGCUUUCAGAGCGCCUCUCUCUCCUGUUUGCUUGUUUGUUUUUACAGAUGAAGCCACUGAGGCACAAAGCAGUGAAGUAACUUGCCACGAUGAUUCAGCAGGUCAAAGGCAGUUCCUGGACCAUAGCAGGGAUGAAGUUCAUCUAGUAGAGGGGGUCCUUCUCCCUCACAGAUAUUUUUCGGCCAGAAUAGCUUUUAAUCGUUAAAGUCCGGCCACCCAAGUGGAUUGCAGUGCUGAGCUCCAUUUCUCCACAGUCCUCUGACAUCCCCAUUUCUUGCAUGCCAGGAGGUUGUGCUGAGCCUUGCGUUGAAGCUUAGAAGCUAUUAGCAAACGAUUUUUUUCUCUCCUUAAAAUUAAUUUAAAUUACAAAACGACUGCAGCUUCUAGAAGCAGUCUCUUCUAGCCAAGGGGUUUAUUGCCUUCUGCACCAGCUGUAAGUUACGUUAAGUGAAUGCAAGCCCAUUGCAUGCUCUGCGUUCACAUUCUCUCCCUCCCCACCCUGUGCACCAGGUUGGCCCAGACCUACCACGUUGCCCUCCAAGGGUGCCGGUAGCAGUUCAGCCCCGAAGCUCCGGAGUCAGGCCCUUGGGGAGGCUCCCCACGCGCCUGUGACAAGGUAGAUCACUAAGCAGCUCCUGAAAAAAAUAGUGUCUGUUCCAGGCAGUCAUGGAGAAGGUUCAUGGCGUAGAUAAAAGUGUCUAGUUCCAGGACAUACCUGACUGGUUUUGUGGCAGGCUUCAUCAGUUAGACCUUCUGAACUGGGCUGUGCACAUCUUCCUCUCCUUUCUCUUUUCUGCCCUAUUUCCCCUCCUUUACUCUUAUAUAUGCGCAUAGUCCUACCUAUGCAUGCAGGUGCUCCAUUUCCAAGGGCUCCAGGGGUGGCAGACAAUUCACAGUUCACCUUGGUGUGACUUGUAAAUGGUCUGCGAACUUUUAAAGAUUGCUGGAUUUCCUCUGGAGAUCUGAACAGCAGCUGCUUUACCCUCCCUGAAGCCUCACACAAGCCAUGCCUAAAACACACUUGCUGAUGUGACUAAUACAAACCUUCUACUGUCAGCUAGAUCAAAACGAGUUUGAUGUUUGUGGGUGUAUAUAUAUAUGUAUACAUAUAUAUAUAUAUCCCUGUUGUAUAUAGUAAAUCACUGCUAUAGUGUAUGAAAGUGUACUUCCAAUCUAGGUAUGAGGAACCGAACCUAGAAUUGCUUAGCUGCCCCAACUGGUACACUCCGCAUUAGUUUAGUUUUACAUCUCACGGGCAACUAGGUUUUGGUUCUGGUUUUGGGGCUUCUUUUUCAGCUGUUCCCUGUCCGGAAGCUGUUUAUCCAGGGCUUUCUGUUGUUCCUGACCUUCAGCGACGCAAAGUACUGAGAAUCCUCCCUCCAAAUAGGCACCGCAGCCAGCCUCCCCUCCCCAAAACCAGCCAGCAAAGAGAUGGGUUUGCCCCAGCUUUUGAGGGCUGCGGCGCAGGCCCGGCUUCCCCUGCUCCCCCCGCCCCGCACGCAGCGGGAGCCCCGUGCUCCAGGCUGCCGGUGCCCUCCGAGCAGCGGGAGAGGCACGUACGCGUGCCCGCUCGGCCUGAACAGGGUUUGACCUGCCGCUGCUGCUCCGCUGACCUGGAGGCUUGGCCAGUGGGUCAGACCCUCCAAUCUAAGCACUUCCGAUGAAGGCCUGGUUAGGGGAGAGGAAUUCAGGCAAUAGGGUUAGCAAAAGGGAAAAAAGAUCUUCUUGCAGUAUUAUAAGCCUGGCUCACAGCCCCAUCCGCUCCUAUUGCCAUGCCUCGGGGAUGCAGCACUUAGGUCUUUCUUCUUGUUGUACACGUGCUGGAUUUGCAGCGCUCUGCCCAGCCGCGGGGAGGAUCCUCUGGAUCCCCGGGACCGGCUCGGCCGGGCUUCCCGCCCCGCUGGGCAGCUGCAGAUGCAGCCACGCGCUUGCUGCUGGCCCCGAGGCUGCCUUUCUUUUCCCCCGUCCUCCCUCACAUCGGCACCUGUGCGUGUUUUAUUUAUAUAUACAUAUAUAUAUAUAUAUGUGUGUGUAAAUAUACAUACAUACAUAUAUAUUUUUUGUUGUUGUUGUUGUUCCCAAAUUUUUUGGUGUGUAUUCCAGGAGAGAAUUGUAAAUGACUUGGCAGAAUGACCCUUUGAUAAACACUGGACAUGUAUCUGUACUAUAUGUAUUAACGUGUAGAAGAGAAUCCUUAUUGUAUGUAAAGUUUUAUGAAUGGUUAUUUUUUAAUUUAUGUAUUUAAUAUAGGAUUCAAUGACCUCUGGUGUUUUAGUUUGUAUAAAAAAAUAAAACAGCAACCUUUUUAAAAAAAA